AUGCCUGCUUGUGCACGCCGCAGACGCACCCAUUACGCGAGACAUAAACCACGCCCUCCACCCAGUAGUACACAGUCGCCCUUGCCCACAGCAAGUCAUGACGUCCCACACAUAGCAUCGCUGCUGCUCGGCUCCGUCGCCGUCGUCACCAAUCUUACGCGGUCGGCCAAUGUCUCCUCUUACCCAGAGUACGAACUCCAGACAUUACAGGACACAUCGUAUAGCCUCACCGCCUCCUUCGCCCUCGCUAAUCUCUGCUUGCAACGACUUCAGUGA